GAGACGCGGGUUCAUUAUGGUACGGCCAUCCUUUCACGACUGCCUGUGAUGCCAUUCGCUUUGCCUGAGGGCUUGCUGCCUGUGGGGCGCGGCUCUGCUGUGCGGUUGCACCGCCCGGUGGGGCGGCCCAUCAUACUGCUCAACUUGUAUCUUCCGGCCGCCUCUGAGGCACUCGCUGCCAAGCUUCUUGAUGAUGUUUUCAGCUUCGCUGCGGCGCGGGGUGAUGAGACUAUUCUGCUAGGUGACUUCAACCUUCCUCCGGACCGGGCCCCGAUUGCUGACGCCAGGGCUGCGGGCUUCUGGCGGUUGGCUGACGAAACGGUCGAGGGGGACAUUCCUUUGCGGCCCACACGCCGGGAUGAGCACGGUCAACCUACAGGCCGAUGCGUGGAUUUCGCGUUGUCCACUGUGGGGGUUCCCGCUUUGGAUCGCCAGCAGGCCCCAGGCCCGGCCGAUCACGAUUUGGUGUCAUACUCCUUUUCUUUGGCUAAGGACAUCCGGGAGUUACCACGGGCGCCCGCGCGCCGGCGGCUGCCUGCCGACCUACCUCCUGUCACAGCCGAGGCUUGGGAGCAGGCAUGGGCCCAGCACGAUGUUGCGUUUGACCAGGCGCUGCAUUCUUCGGACGUUGAUGCUGCUUGGGUUCUCCUUAGUCAUGCCGCUGAGUCCUUGAUGGUGAUCGCUGAUGAUGCUUUACGGCGGGCGGCACAACUCGAGGUUUCGGCUUCGCAGGGCCGUGUCAGGCAAUGGCACGAUGCUGUGCAAAACAACGUUCAUCGACUGCGGCGCUGGGUCUGCCGCACUGCUGCUCCGGCUCCGGGCCCUCUUGACGAUGCACCGGUGCAUCCCAUUGACAUUGUUGCUGCUGAGCAUGCCAAGUGGGGUGCCCAAUGGUCGAUCCCCGCGCCGCACACUCCGGAGGAGACUCGUGACUGGUGUGCCCGCCUGGGCCCUGCAACGGCUCCUUGGGAUGACGACUUGCUGCACCCGACCCCUGCGGCGGUGCUGGCCUGCCUACGGGCUAGCUCACGGCGGGCUGCUGGCUUGGACUCCUGGGCACCGGCUGCACUUGCGUUGCUGCCGUUGCCCUUCUUUCAGCUUUUGACCAACCGCCUUCACUUUGCGGGCUACAAAGCGGAUAUCAAACGUUGUUUUGACUCUGUGCACGUGGCCCAGGCUGGCGAUCCGGUUGAUCGGUUCUUCGGACUGCGGCACCAUCCCGAGAAGCUUGCUUGUUUUGGCACGGGCACGCUCACCAAAAGUUUUCUGGUGGCGAACGCUCAGUGGCUUGGGCCCCUCCGGCCGCACUUUGUGCUGUUGGGGGUGCACUACGCUGUAGGGCUCACCUGCUUGCCUGAGGCGUCCAAGCUCUCUGCUGUUGUGGCCUCUCGCUGUCAACGCAUUGGCUUUGCGGCGCGGGGGAUGGCCUUGCGCCGUGCUCUCGUGCGGCAGCUGGUGCUCCCACUCUUCGCUUGGUGUGCGCCAUGGAGCCAGUUCAAGGUUACUCACGUUCAGGCUUGGACUCGGAACGUUGCUUUUGCUUUGUGGGGCCGCCCUCCUGCGCCCAGCCGCUCCAGACUUCUCUUGUGGCAUGUGACCGGCAGGCCGCACCUCCACCCUGAGCAUGCUAUGGACUUUGCGGUGGCCCGCCAGGAGUGGUAUCGCUGCUCCAGGCAGCCUGCUGUGGAACUGACUCGGCCUGCCAUCGUCCCUCGUUGGCCUGCUGUCCUUAAGAAGUGGGGCUGGACCUGUCAGGCCGAUGGUUCCUGGAGGACCCCUCUGGGCGUGCUCAAGCCUGGCUGGGAUGGACUGUGCGCAUUGCGUCGUGCAGCUGACUACGCCUUUUUACAACGACUCUGGAAGGAGGAUGCUAAAAGCGCACCUUUCGACCUCGCGCUUAGCACCCCGUGCUUUGAGCCGCUCCAGCGCAAGGUCGAGACCAUGGGUGCCCGCGGCCUGCGUACUUCCACUGCUUGCGCGGUGGAUGCUCCUGCUUUGCUUCGGCUCAAGAAGCCUCCGGCUGCCGUGCACUUGACCUGUGCGUGUGGUGAGCCGGUGCCUACACGGACCCACCUCACUUUUGACUGUGCUGCGGUCGGGUGGACGCGCCCGCUGGGCUCACAACUUGAGAGACGACUUCUGUGUAAGCUUCUACCUUUGCCUCUGCAACGUCCGCCCCAGGCCCUUGACUUGGACUACGAGCUGGUCUCGGAGCUCCGGCGAGCCGCGGCCGACGGACCCGUUGUUUGUGCUACGGAUGGUGGGGCUUUUACGCGCCCGAAACUUGAUCAUUGGCAGCGUGCGGCCUGGGCCAUUGCGGCUGCUACCAGCAAUGGCUCUGUGGUUGUGGGCGGCCUGGUUUCUACGUUUGAGCAGACACCCGCUGCGGCUGAGCGAGAGGCACUCUGGCAGCUCUUGCGCCACCUUCGGCAUGCGGACGUGCCCGCCUGUGUUUUCUUGGACAACAAGGCUCUG